AUGGUUCAAGUGCGGCUUUAUACGAUUGUGACUCUUCUACUCUUUUGCAUCGCUAUUCAUGCUGAAAAACAAGAUGUGAGCCUCGCAAUAAGAGGUUUGAUUCGAAAUCAGCCUAAUCAUUUCACUUUGAUGCAGAAAAGACAGAGGGCCAGUGAUAAUGCGCAAGACGGUGAUGAUGGCGGCACUUCCACCAAAACAGCAGGUAGCAGUGAUACUUCAUCGAGUAGAAGUGGUGGAUCGAGUGACACCAGUAGCGAUGACUCUACUGGGAAAGCAUCAAGUAGUAGUGGUAGCACAAGGAAAACGUCAAGUGACACAAGCAGCGAUGACAGUGGAACCAAAUCGAGUACUUCGUCAAGCACAUCAACUAGCGAUAAUACCAGAACAGGGUCAAGCCAGACUAGUAGCGAAAGUACAAAUAAGGCAUCAAGUGAUACUAGUAGUGAUGACAGUACAUCAACAGAGCCUAGCAGCCAAAGCACACCGAAGAAAUCAAGUGAUACCAGUAGUGAUGACAGUGGAUCAGCCGACUCUAGCAGUGCUGACAACGGAAAUGGAUCAAGUGAUACAACUAGCACGACUAAUGAUUCUCAACAAAGCGACGAUGAAAGUUCCAGCAAACACCACAAGCAAGGCAGCUCAAGAAAACACAGAACUGCUGCCGCAUCUGCUACUGCUCCUGAUUCUUCGGUCACAACACCAGAAGUUGAUCAAGGAAAUAGCUCAGCUGGUCCUGUUAACGUUCAAGAUGUUCUUGACAAUUUACCGGAAUGUUACAAAACUUGCGCUACCACAGUUGCCGCUUCAUAUAUGGUUCAAUGUUCAAAAUUAACUGAAUUGGGUUGCAUAUGUCCUAAACCACAAUUCUUCAAUAACACCAUCAAAUGCAUCGGAAAGUCUGCUACGAAGAAUUGCGUUGCACUUGCUCAAAAUCCAACAGCUUUGCAGCAUAGUCAAGACGCUUUUGUCAGUCUAUGUCAGUCCGCAGGUGCUCCAAUGUAUGGCGUUGCUGCCAUUACCGAAGCACUCAAUCAUUCAAACGCUCUUCAAUGGGCAAAUCAUUUAGCUUUACUUGUCUUUUUCAUGAUUCUUUCCGCCUCCGCCACCACCGCCCAAGCCAGACCCGGGCCUAUUGGAAAUCCUACUUGGGAUGUUAAUCAAGCUUUUAAUCCCAAUCCUUCUAUUCUUCCUCCGGCUAGUGUACAAAAUAAUCCCUCAACAGUUCCUUAUCCGCCUUCUACAGGCGUUCCUCCGAUUUCUGGUCAAGGUCCUACUAAAGGAUCAGAUAAAUUCAACCAAAAUGACAACGUUGGCUUUGCAUAUUUGUCGUUGGAUAACGCCGUUAUUGCUUCAUCUACCUUGGCAAAUGGUUCCUAUCUCUCAAAUUCUGCUUUUGCAAGUAGCGCGACUACCGUUGCUUUUACCGCUGCCAACAUUGGCCAAAUCCUCGCUGGAUUACCCAAAUGUUUUACAAAAUGUGCAACGGAUACUUCCAAUUCUCUUUCGCUCGGCAGCUGCUCGGGCUUGAUGAACUUUGCUUGUGCUUGUCAAAAACCACAAUUUGUUGAUUCGACUAUCACAUGUUCUGCCAUUUCUCAAACAAAAGAUUGUGCAGGAAUGUCAUUGUACCCACACUUAUUGCAACAAGGCCACGAUAUAUUUACCAAUUUGUGUAAAGCAGCUGGCGUACCACAAACCUCUCAGACCUCUCAACAGAAUUCCCAAACCUAUCAAAACUCUCAAUACCCUCAAAACUCUCAAUACCCUCAAAACUCUCAGAACUCGCAAAACUCUCAAAAUUCUCAAAACUCAAGCAACGUCGUUCCCACUUACACAAGACCCAUUCGCACUUCUUGGCAUGGUCUAAAUAUCAGUUUCUCCUAA